AUGGAGAACUACACCUUCAACAGCGUCAUCCUCCAGCUGGAGGGGUUGAAGGUCUCGGAGUCUUCCACAUGCGUUGUCUUUUUUUUUUUCUUUGUCUCCUACCUGUUCAUUAUGAUGGUCAAUGUUGGAAUACUGGUGCUGGUUUUCAUGGACAAAAACCUCCACCAGCCCAUGUACCUGCUCUUCUGUAACCUGCCGGUCAACGAUGUCAUUGGUAACACCAUCAUGGUUCCUCGUUUGCUAUCAGACAUCCUGCUGCUUCCAUCUGAGCGCCUCAUAAGUUACAACGAGUGUGUGGUUCAGGCUUUCAGCACACAUCUGUUCGGAACCACGUCCCACACGGUUCUCAUGAUCAUGGCCUUCGACAGAUACGUGGCCAUCUGUAAUCCUCUGCGUUACGCUGCCAUAAUGACCAACAAAAUGAUAGUGAAGCUCACAGUUUCAGCCUGGGGCGUGGCCUUCGUUCUGGUCGGGAUUCUGCUCGGCCUGACCGUUCGGUUGAAUCGAUGCAGGACUUUGAUCACUAAUCCGUUCUGUGACAACGCCUCGUUGUUUAAGCUUUCAUGUGAGAGCGUGGUCAUCAACAACAUCUAUGGCCUCACCUUCACCGUGGUUUUGUUUUCAGCCUCCAUCGGCAGCAUCGUCCUCACUUACAUGAAGAUCACGGUGGUCUGUCUGACCAGCAAGAGCAAGUCCUUGAACAGUAAAGCCCUGACGACCUGCAGCACUCAUCUCAUGGUCUAUGUGAUCAUGCUUUUUUGCGGACUGCUCGUCAUCUUGCUGCAUCGCUUCCCACAGUUCUCAGACUACAGAAAACUGUGUGCCAUUUUGUUCCACAUCAUCCCCGGCACCUUCAAUCCGGUCAUUUAUGGGGUUCAGCACGUGACCCAUGACCGCCGCCACCUUCCGGUGGUCCGAAAGCUGAGGGAAACGGUGAAUGAUGACGAUGACGAAUCUCCUUGCGCGGAGGCAGCACAUACACAAUGA